AUGUCAUGGUUCAUUGCGCUGGAUGUUGAGACGAUCACAGCAUGGGAAGAUCUUGCCGAAGAGUUCCUUCAGCAGUACAGGUUCAACUCUGAAAUCAUCCCCACGAGAGAAGACUUGGUUCGGCUAGAAAAGAGAAUGAAUGAACCUUUCAAGGCAUUCGCUCAAAGAUGGAGGACGAUGGCAUCACAAGUAAAGCCCCCGCUGAUCGAGAGGGAGAUGAGGGAAUUCUCUUCGCUGCCAAAAUCCUUGUCAAAGUUGUUGCCCAUGCUCAUUGAGAGGAGGAUGGUAGCCAAAGAAGUACCUAGGGACAAUCCUCCAAGGUUCCCUGGGUUUGACAUGACUAAGACAUGCGAAUACCACCGGGGGGAAAGGGGGCAUGACACGGACAAUUGCUUUGCACUAAAGAUCAAGAUUCAAAACUUGUUGGACAAGGGAAUUCUAUCGUUCGAGCGAGCGCGACCCAAUGUGAAGCAAAAUCCUUUGCCCGACCAUGCCGAGGGCGCAAAUGUGGUGUUCGAAAAAGCGAAUGUGAGCAAACAAACCUUCAUGGUGAACAUCCCAAGGCUAUAUGAAAUUCUUCAGCUAGCUGGAUACCACGAAGGAGGAAAGGAUGUGACGAUGGAAGAAAAAUUAGACUAUGUUCGUAGAAUGAUGAGCAUGAGGGUAAUUGGGAGUGCUGAUAUGGGACAGGGAUUAGUCGCCAUGACAACACCGGUCAUGAUAUACUUCUCUGAUGAAGAUUAUGCUAGUGAUCAGGAGGUGGAGGAUGUCGAGCCAGUGAUAAUUGAUCUCGCAACUGAAGAAUUCUCAGCAAUCCAGGUUGGAAGGAAGGAUAUGACGCGAGUUGUAAUCGAGCUGCCACCCCUGGAAGAAGAAGGGGCCAUAAUCCUUGAAGCCCCUCCGGAUUUCAAUACUAAGGCGGUCCCGUGGGAUUACGAAACGGAUGAAGUGAAUGCUAUCACCCGAUCAGGUCGCUGCUAUGCGCCUGUCAGGGGAAUUGAGAAAAAAGCCAUGACCGAAGAAGACGCAAAGCAAUUUUUGGCAGUGAUAAAAACGAGUGAAUUCAACGUGGUAAACCAAAUGCGGAAAAUGCCAGCCCAAAUCUCUCUCUUGGAUCUUUUCAAAUCUUCUGAGAAACACAAGGAUGCCUUAUUAAAGGUCCUUAACGAGGUUCAUGUCCCGGAGAUGAUCGACGAAGCCCAGUUAGAGGAAUUUGUGGGGACCAUCCUGUUGAAGGAUCAAAUCUCUUUUGCGGACGAAGACUUUCCGAUAGAGGGCCAAAAUCAUAAUAAAGCCUUGCACAUUUCGGUUAAGCAUCACGAUAUGAUGGUCGUAAGGAGAUUGAUCGAUAAUGGCUCCGCUUUGAAUUUAUGCCCGUUAGCCACUCUCCGUCUCUUAAAGGUCGAUCUAGGGAAGAUGCAUACUGCCAAAAAUCCCGUACGAGUGUUCGACGGCACUAGAAGGGAAGUAAUAGGAGAGAUAGAGUUGGAACUCCUGGGAGACCAUGGAUUCAUACCGCGGGUGCUGUACCCUCUAGUCUCCAUCAGAAGGUGCGGUUUGUGGUCGAUGGCAAAGCUUGUUACAGUACAUGGAGAAACAGACUUCAAAGUCUAUCACGAGACAGCCAUCCCGUACGUGGAGCCCGAAUGCAAAGAGAAAUCCAGUUUCCAAACUCUGGAAUUGGUAUCUAUGGUCCACGUUCCCGUUGCCUCACUCAUGGGCACCCAUGAACUGUCCAAGCCAACUCUAGCAGCUGGAAAAAUUAUGCUCGCAAACGGGUACAACCACGGGGAAGGCCUUGGAUUGCAUGGGCAAGGGAUUCGGAAACCCAUCGAAGUCGGAAAAGGUGCGAAGAGGGAAGGCUUAGGGUAUCAGAGAAGCCAAGAUAAUGGAGACUGA